AUGUUGCAAUGGUUUGGUGUGAAGCGCUGUGCAGAUCUGUCCUGGUGCCGAGCACCAUGCGGGUCUCGUGCACGCAAGUCGCAACCGUGUUGUUCCACGGAUUGCUGCUUGACAUGGGUUGGUCUUAGCAAGCUGUUUGAUGAUCCCUCACGGACGGCUGCAAGCCUUCGUGCAACGCGUGAGAAAUGCGUGCGCCUUCAGCGGGAAGCUGUGGCCAAGGCAGAUAUCACGGCUCCGCAGGAGAGCCUGCGUGCAGCUGUUCGACACCUGGCGGCUGUGGAGAGGUGGCUCCAGCCAAUGCGCAGCACAUCUUCAAGCAAUCUGCGACAGUGUGAGCCAGAAGAGCUUGCCGCAGAGCUUGGCCUCACUUCACUUGCAGGAGGCGAAGACUUGGAAGACUUCGUGGAGCACUUUGCCACCGCAGUUGGAACAGGUGAGUUGCUAGUUGCCGCCAUUCCCUGCCUUUUGCAGUCCAAGACAUUUCGUCAUCCGGGCACCUUCUACAUCAGUUCAGAGCGACUCUGCUUUCGCUCUUCCGUCUUAGGUAUGGAAGCCCGCUUAGUGAUUUCCUGGUCCAUGGUCGAAUGGGCUCGGCUUAUCACCAGCGAGACGAACUCCAUGCAUCCCGUGCGGAUUCGUCUCAAGCAAUCUGCCGAAGUUGACGGUAACAUGGUAGAUAGCUUCGACCUUCGGAUCUUUGAUGUUGCAGCCUUGGCAAACAUGCACAGCUGCGCCACCUAUUUCAUUGGAACAGGACUCUUCGACAUAGUGCCGUCCGACGAUCGUCGUAGCGUCUCUAUCCUCUGUCCAUCUCCAUUGGGUGGUGGUAGUGGUAGUGGCAUCGGAGAGACCUUGGCGGCUGGACCACGUGCACGGGCACCCACGCUGACAGCUGAAGCCAUGGUUGCAGACCUGGAGCAGCUGAGUUUGGUUUGGGAGCUGCAACGACGGACGACGAUCUGGCACAGCGACUGGCGAGCCCCGUUCCUUCCGCACGAUUAUCAAAAAGCCAUCAAGUGGAUGUCUAUCCAAGAUCAUUAUCUGCCUCACCCCUUCAUUCCCGAAAACAUUGAUGUCGAUGAGGCCGCUGAGAGCGAAGAGCCUCCAAUUGAAGAGGUCCAGUUCCUGGGUCGGAAGCGUGCCUGCAAAUGGGAUGUCGUGGUGGACGAAAGCACAGAUUCCGAGGGAUGGCAAUAUGCCGUUGACUUUUACUUGGAGCCGAACAAGUGGAGCAACAGCCUCCGAGGCUUUUCACACGUUCGCCGCAGGAGAUGGCAGCCGACCUUCACGGGAGAAAUGCCCGUUCAAGAGGCAAGCACCCGAAGGUCCGUGUCCUUUGACAGACACAGGCUGAACUCGACGCUGAUGGCCGAGAAGGGGGUUUCGCCACCGCAGCAAAUUCUGGUGGUUGACCUAGGAAGCAUUCCGCUCCAAUCAAUCCGGGUUGAUUUGGAAAGCAAUGAUUGGGAAGCAGAGCACAACCUGAUGUCGAUGCACUUUCAGGAUCUUAAGAUGCAUGGCAUCGAGCUUGGCCCGUGGGUGAGCGGCACCUCGUCAGGUUCCAAAGUGCAGGGAAAGCUCCGCUCGAUGUCCAUGCGUGUUCCAGUUCCUCCGGCACCUAUGUGCCCCAAGGAGUCGCGAUGUGCAUGCACUUGGCAUGUUGUAUGCGAGGAUGACAGGUGCCUGCUUGAAAGCGUGAUCAUGUCCCUCGACGUGCCGUAUGGAACGUGCUUCAAUGUCAUCAAGUGCGAUACAUUUAGCAGAGAUGAGAAAAGCGGUAACACUGUGUUGGAACGCAAGUUCUCUUUGGAGUGGGUUAAGGGAUGCUGGAUAAAGUCACUGGUGGAAGCGAGUGUUCCCAAGGAGGUCAAGGCGGAUGGCGAGCAAUGGGCACAGCUCAUCAAGAAGUGGGCUCAGCAACAACCCGCGCCCCAGUCCACCAAACCAGAAGUAGGUGAAAAGAAGAAGAGGCCACCAGAGCUUCGAUAA